ACUUGGGAUUCCCUCCAGCACUUACUCGCUUGUAUUGGUGUCUGGUAGUUUACUUCUGUUUGUCUAUUUAGCUGAUUUUAAGUUUCCACUCUAUUCCAGGCCCUGUGCUAGGCAUUGAGGUAGAAAGUAAAACAAAUACAUUCCUCAAGAGGCCCAAAGCAUACGGAUAAUUAUGUAUAGAAGAGAGGUAUUUGAUUCAGUAUGCCCUUCAUAUGAAUAUACAUAUAUACCUCCGUAUGUGAAUAAUCUGAUGAAUAUUGAUACGAGAGUAAUAUUUUAAAAUAUAAACCCAAGAUACAGAUAACAUAAUUAGAUAUGACCUACCUAAGUGCCUUACAAUCUGAAAUAAGGAUAAAAGCCAAGCAGAUGCAAAGAAUGAAAAUAAGAUUAAGAAAAUGUGAGUACAAUAUAAGGGAGAGAUUGAGAAGGUUUGGGAAUGUCAACUUUAUUGCUCUCUUCCACAAGAAGGCAGCCUAUUACACAGUUGUUAAUGGUACACAUCAGAACAAAUUCAGACUGAAACAAACCAUACAAAUUGUUGUAGGCUUUCCACAGUUAGUCCUUAUAAGUUGAAAACAGAUACUUUUUAGCAAAUCUAGAGAAUCUUUUGGGGUCUGAGCCUUCCUAUUGCAGUCUUCAGGUUGAUUUAAGUGAUUUGUGGUCCAGAAUUGGAAUUCUGGACCACUCAAAUUGGUGGGAAGAGAUCAGCCCUCCAUUACAUUAACUUUACUGACCAAUGGCUUAAUUCUGAACACUGAGCCAUUCCAGAAAAUUUGUGAGAAUGUUGACAUUUGGUACCUGAUAAUUUGAAUUCCUUACAGUGAUGUAGGCUUCUCUCCUAACAAAUGUCCUGAUGAGCAUUUCAUUUGUGCAUUAAUUUCUUCUAUGUACUUUUACCUUUUGAUUUUCACCCUCUGCUCAUUUUAUUUUUAUUUGUUUGGACUAUGCAUUGAUCUCCUGACAUCUUAUGUAUUCAUUGAUGUAUGACAACUAUAUCAGGUUAACAGAUAAACACCAUGUGUGAGCUAGUAGUAGCAUGAGCUUGUUUUGGGCCCUUGGACUAACACUUGAGAAAGGGCUAAUUAACGUUUGUUGAUUCCUAAACAAACAGACGAAACAAAAAACACACAAAAACUCUCUGCAGUCACCUAAAAAACAAGAUGCCACCUUUUGUUAACUUUGCCUCUGUUUACAAUGAUAGAAUGGAUCCUGGAAGCUUAUGUUUAUAUAAUCUUUUUCCAAAAGAUGCAGAGGAAUGAAGGUGUUAUUAUUUAUCCCAUUCUGACAUUCCUUUCCUGUCUUGGCUGGAAAUCUCACCGCCCUCUUCCAAAACAAUUCAAAAAUAAGUUACAAACAGAAUUGAAGUUUUGUGUCCCAGGUUUCACUUGAUUUGUGUUUCUGUAUAUGAGUUGGUUGUUUAGAGAUUAUUUUAUCCCACUAAAAACAGUAACAUAUUGAACUAUUACAGUAAACACAGUCAUUUCAUCAGCAUCUCCAAAAACUAUCAAGUAUUUGGGUUUUAUAUGCCAGUCUAUGGGUGUUAUUUUUCUUCGGAUUUCAGUGUGAUUAUAAAUUACUGUGGUUAAUCUUUCAGAGGCUAUUUUAAAUACAGAUUAGAUAUGAAGUUCUUUCUGGAAGCUUUGGAGUUUUGCCACAUUAACUCCCUUGCCACAGUGUAUUAUUAUCAGAGCCUCUUUUAAUCUUUUAAACAGAAUGCCUGAAUGUUCCCUUUCCCAGCAAUCCUUUGCUAUCACCAGAGAAUGGAAAUUACUGCUUUUACGUAACAAUUUCCCAGGAGCUGGGCCAAAGAAGCUUGCUUUGACGAGAUCAAGUUCUUUAGGUGAAUUUUCCUGGUCUCAAAGAAAGCUUGUGACUGUGGAAAAGCAGGAUAAUGGAACAUUUGGAUUUGAAAUUCAGACUUACAGGCUCCAGAACCACAACACCUACCCCUCAGAGAUGUGCACACUAAUCUGCAAAAUCCAGGAGGACAGCCCAGCACACUGCGCUGGCCUGCAAGCUGGUGAUGUCCUUGUAAAUAUCAAUGGAGUGAGCACAGAAGGCUUUACCCACAAACAAGUUGUUGACCUGAUCAGAUCGUCAGGAAACCUGCUAACGAUAGAGACUCUUAAUGGAACAAUGAUUCUCAAAAGAACAGAGCUUGAAGCAAAGCUGCAAGUUUUAAAGCAAACUUUGAAGAAGAAAUGGGUGGAGUUCAGAUCUCUGCAGUUACAGGAACACCGCCUGCUUCAUGGUGAUGCCACUAACUGCCCAAGUUUGGAAAACAUGGACAUAGAUGAGUCAGCUUUGUUUGGAAGCCUGCCUGGGCUGGGCCCAGCCCUCCUGGACCGGAAUCGAUUAUCCAGUGAGAGCAGCUGUAAGAGCUGGCUGAGCUCCAUGACCUUGGACAGCGAGGAUGGGUACCAGACAUGUAUCUCUGAGGACUCGAGCAGGGAAGCCUUCAGCCGGCAGACAAGCACAGAUGAUGAGUGCUUUGUCCCCAAGGAUGGGGAUGAUUUUCUGAAGAGGUCUUCUUCGAGGAGGAACCGCAGCAUUAGUACCGCCAGCAGUGGAUCCAUGUCUCCGUUGUGGGAGGGCAAUUUCUCAAGCAUGUUUGGGACCCUGCCCAGGAAAAGCAGAAGGGGAAGUGUCCGGAAACAACUCUUGAAAUUCAUCCCUGGCCUUCACCGUGCUGUGGAAGAGGAAGAGAGUCGCUUUUGAUGGGUUGUGGCACCCUUACGUAUUAGCUUAUUUUGUAAAUAUCUCUAGACUUGAUUAGAUCAACUCCACCCAGCUUGGUGGGAAAGUGCAGAUGGAUUGCAGAACUGACGUGCCAUUUCUUGGCAGUAGUGACCUUUAUUUAAAUUUUCGUAUCAUUAUUUUUGCUUCUUAAAUCAUUUUUCAAACAGAACAGCUCAAAUUAGAAAUAGAUAGUAGAAAGGGAAAGUAAGUAAUAAGUUAGAUAAUAUUACAAAUUAACGCAAGUGCCUGCUCAUUCUAAUGCUUCCAGUGAAUGCAAGAGUAAUAUUUAUUUUCUAGAUUAUCCACGUGAAAAACCAGAACUUUUGGAGUCAUGUGAAUAAGAGAAUAACAGAAUCUAAUCACUUUGGAAUACCUUUUGUAAGUUAAUAGGUAGGUUACAAAACUCUAUGUUUGCUUAAGCUCAGUAGCCUCUGAGAAGGCUUAAGAGUAGGCAAUUUUGAAUGUUUCUGUUCAAAUCUAUGAAGGAUUAUAAACAAAGAUGAUCGCCAGCCAUUUUUUGCAUCCACAGUGACGAUAAAGCAGGAAGUAUAAGAGUUAAUAUGAGGAUUUAAGCUUCACAAGAUCCAUGGAAAAACGUUGUCUGAGAUGGGUGCUGAGGAAGAUUAUAAUAAGGUCUUUUUUAUAGGCAGCCUAAUCAAAAAGGUUUGGAAUGUCAUUCUCACCUGAUUCAACUUUUGUUCUGCUGAACCAUGAUGACAAGUUUAGAACUCUCAAGAUCCUACAGCUUUGUGAUUUUUUUUUGAACAAAUGUCUGAAAGUUGAAAAAUUAGAGUCAGGAAAAAGAUUUUCCUCCUGUAGUUUUUCUCACAUUAAUCCUCACUUUAUAUUGUAUGUUCCAAAUAAUUACUGCCUCAGCACUCUUUUGCCUAUUAGUUUUGUCAAUAUCACAUUACUUCUAACCUUUCAAUCACAUUUUUAUUCGAUACCCAUUAAAGUUCAUGAUUUCUCUGUUCUGGUGAUACAGCUACUCUUUGCCUAUAUUCUAGAGCAGAUGAUCCAGACAAUGUAAUAAAUAGUCCUUACUGAUUUUAAGUUGUGUAUGUGUGUAUGUUUGAGAGAAAUAGAGACAUUCGAUAGUUGCCUGUGAAUGGAACUGCUACACUUACAUAAACUGAGUAAAGAACCAGUUAUUUUGAGUAACAAAAGAGGGGAAGGUAGGAAAGCUUGUGGGGUAAGAAAUAAAUAAAAUAAAAUAUAAAAGAUUUCUAAUGGCA